CUCGUUAAGAUCACUCUCUCUUCUUUACACUCUCCGAGUGGUGGGUGGUGUAGUGCAGUGGUGGUGGUGUGACUCUGUAACGAGAAAAGCACAAUCAUUUCGAUACCUUCUUCAAAAAGCUCUUUUGCUUUUCUUUUUUUUUUUUUCUUUCUCUCUUUUGUAAUUUCAUUAAUUAUGAUUACUGAAAAGGCCUUCUCUUUAAAUCCUUUUACCAAAACAAUUCAUUGUUCUUUGUGUUGGCGAUGGCAGAGGAGGAGCAGCAGCAUCAACAUUAUCCUGUGGCCGAGGCGGUUCCGGGUACGCCUGGGAUCCAUCAGGUGAUGAUCCAACCCGGGUCUGAGAGUUUCGGGUUCUGUGUUGAUCCCGUUGGUGUUUCCAGUGUACCUGGGAUUAGGAGAGUGGGGUUGAGAGCUGAAAUAGAUACGUCUCCUCCGUUCGGGUCAGUUCAGGAGGCUGUAACUCGAUUCGGUGGUCGUGGCUCUUGGGUUCCUUUCAAGCUUGAAGACAGUUUCUUUGUCAAUGUUCAGAAUGGAGAAUUUGACAUAAAGAGAAUGGAAGAGCAUGCAGCGGAGCUAGAGAAGGAUCUGAUAGUCAAAGAGCUGGAGACUCUGGAUGUUUUAGAAGCGCUUGGAUCGACUAAAAGGAUCGUUGAAGAUUUAAAGCGGCAGCUUCAGCAAGAAGCCUUGAGAUGCACUGAACAUCUCAGUUCAGACAUCAAAGAGAUGAACGAUGAGCAUUGCCAUCACAAUCCCAUGUCAUCUCCUGAUCUGAUCUUAAUGGAACUGAAGCAAGCCAAGAUGAAUCUUGGUAAAACCAUGAAUGAUCUUGUAGUGACCCAAUCAUCUGUGGAGUCUCUCAAUAAGAAAAUGAAAGAAGAGAAACAUUUCCUUGAGAAGACACGGGCGAAGCUAACGUAUGGGUUUGGAGGACCGUUAUCUCUAGCUGAGGAGCUGAGUCGGAUCAAGGUAAAACCACAGGUUGUUGUAGAUGAGCCACUAAGGGAACGGGUUAAGAUGGUUGCUGCUGAAACAGAUGAAACGGGUUUAAACCAGCAGAACAAGAACUGUCUGAGAACUGCAGAGAUGAGACUAGUUGCUGCUAGAAAAAUGGAAGAAGCUGCAAGAGCAGCUGAAGCACUUGCGUUAGCUGAAAUAACAAUGUUAUCAUCCAACGGUGAAAGCCAAGACGAUGAUUCAGAUUUUUGCUUUCCAGAGCCUCCAAGAUCUCCGGUAACACCUAGAGGACUAAGGUUCGAUAAUAAUGACUUUGAUAAUAGCACAAGCAGAGGGGUUUUGAAGAAGCUUGAGGAAGCUACUGAAGGGGUUAAACAAAGCAAACAAGCUUUAGAAGCUGCGUUAAACAGAGUAGAGAUUGCUAACGUGAAGCAACUUGCAGCUGAAAAUGCUUUCCGCGGCUGGACAAAAGGCGAUAAGUUUACACCUUUGAAUCAUCAUACACGACGCUCCUUCUUCAGCCAUUUGAACAAGCACCAUGAGCCGCAGCAUGACAAUAUACCAAAGCCAGUGUUAAAGUCUAAUGUCUCAAUGCGCGAUGUUCUAAGACGUAAGCAAGUUCCAAAGGAAGAAGACGUUGUUGUUCCUGAGAGGCAGAGCCAUGAAGGACAAAUCCCUAGGCGAAAUGCGAAUUUGAGCCAAAUGUUGAAGGAACUGAAACAAGAUGUAAAGUUUUCGGCACGAGCAGAGAAAGAGGAGGUACAUGAAGAGAAACAGUAUGUCACACAGAGGAGAAAGUUUGGUUUUAUACACAUAACACUUCCAUUGCAGAAGCAGAGCAAGAAAAAAUCAAGUCUUUAAAAAACAAAAACACCUUCCACUAUUUCUAUUUUUUUAGUCCUUAAUUAUUUGUUUGUAAUUGGUUUUUUUUUUUUAAUUUUGGUUUGAUGUUGUGUGUGAUUGCUUUUACAUGUCUUUAUAUUUGUUGUUUUUCAGAAAAAUAAACAUACAAUGAAAGAAAACAUUAUGGUUUGAACUUUGAA